AUGCCGCUGCUUCAGUGUAGGCAUGGAACAUCACUUUCUAAGCUAGAUAGCUUGGUAUCAGGUGUAAAAAUGAAGAUUCUUCUGGUUUUUCUAGGUCUGUUCAGUGAUUCCAUUGCUAUGCCAAUGCAUAUGCCACGAAUACCUGGAUUCAGCAGUAAAAGUGAAGAGAUGAUGCGGUUCAAUCAGUUCAACUUUAUGAACUCUCCACAUAUGUCACCGCUGGGCCCCAUGUUUGGAAAUGGCAUGCAAUUCCCUCAGGGCUUCCCACAGUUCCAGAUGCCCAUGUGGCCUCAGCCAACACCCAGUGGAUGGCAAUACCAGAAACCUUCACCUCCCUCAGGACCCAAGCGCCAAAACAAGACUGAUCAAACCCAAGAGACUCCAAAACCCAGCCAGCCUCAACCAAAAAAGUCACCACCAAAGCGUCCUUUAAAACAGCCUACACAGGCCCCACCUCAGCCCAAAGAGGAAGCCCAGACACCUCAGGCAUUCCCGCCAUUCAAUAAUGGGCUAUUUCCCUUUCAACCACUACCAUGGCAAAUGCCACAGAGAAUACCACCAGGUUUUGGACGCCCACCAAUGAGCAAUGAAGAAGGGGGAAACCCUUACUUUGGAUAUUUUGGGUUUCAUGGAUUUGGCGGUCGCCCUCCUUAUUAUUCAGAAGAGAUGUUUGAACAAGAUUUUGAAAAACCCAAAGAAAAAGAUCCUCCCAAAAAGGAGACUCCAGCAACAGAACCAACAACUAAUUCAACUGUUCCUGAAACGAAUUCAACUCAACCAAACGUGCAGGGUCCUGGAGCAAGUCAGGGUGGAAAUGACACAAACCCAACAGGAAAUGGUCUAAACCCCGGGACCAACCUGCAACAUGGAGUCCUUUCACCCUCUACAGUUAACAUUUCACACCAGGGAGUACCACGAACCCAAAUUCCAUGGGGACCACGCCAGCCCAAUAUUUAUGAAAAUUAUCCAAAUCCUAACAACCGAGGUUUCCCUAACAGAAGACAAUGGCGUCCCACUGGUACUAUGAUAGGGCAGAGACAGAAUGGGCCUUUUUACAGAAAUCCACAAGUUCAAAGGGGUCCUAGGUGGAACACCUUUGCUAUGGUAGGCAAACAAGCAGCUCGUCCAAACAAUCCAGUUUAUCGCAGAGCCUAUCCUUCCACUGCGAGAGGGAAUUCUCCCAGUCUGGUAGGCAAUCUAGCAAAUUUCCGAAGAAAGCCUCAAGGGCCAAAUAAACAACCCACAGGAACCAAUAUUGCCCCAGUGGGACCCAAACUUGGUACAGUUGAUGGCAAUGAAAAAAUCCAAACUCAAAGGGAAAAAUCAUUAGGUCAAAAAGAAAGAACAAUUGUUCCUACAAGGGAUCCAACUGGCCCCUGGAAAACCUCUCAGAACUAUGGAGUUAAUAAUAAACCCAAUUAUAAACCGCCUCCUACUGAAGAUAAUGUGAAAAUCCCAAAUUUCAAUUCCAUUGAUCAACGUGAAAAUUCUUUUUACCCAAGAGAAGAUACCAGGAAAGUCCAAAGUACUGAUGGGCAAACCCAAAACCAGAAUUUGCCUAAAGGGUUUGCUUUAGAACCAAGAAUCCCAUAUGAACCAGAAACCCCACAGCCAGAAUUAAAGCGCAAUACAUAUCACGCCGUAUACCCUGAAGAAAUCCCUGCUCCUGCAAGAGAACAUUUUCCUGCCGGAAGAAAUCAAUGGAACCACCAAGAAAUCCCUCCAGUUCCUGUGGAAGAGCCUAAAAGGCAGGAAGGACCUUUGCCUCAUCCUCCCUAUGCUUCUAGAGGAAAUGUUUUCUACUCUGACUAUAAUCCCUAUGAUCCCAGGGAAAACUCACCAUACUUUAGGGGCAAUACAUGGGAUGAGAGAGGUGAUUCUCCCAAAACCAUGAGGCCACCAGACAAUCCUCUAUACCCCAUGAAUACUCCAAGCCAAAAAGAGAGAGUACCUUAUAAUGAAGAGGACCCAGUCGAUCCAAAUGGAGACGAACUUUUCCCAGGACAAAGUAGAUGGGGUGAAGAAGUGCCCAGCUUUAAAGGAAGCCCCACAGGUAGGCACUAUGAAGGUCAACAAUAUCCUUCAAAUCAACCAAGAGAUUAUCUUCCCUAUCCCUUUGAUAAUAAUCCCUCAAAACCCAGAGAGGAGUUCCCUUAUAGUGAAUUUUAUCCCUGGGGUCCAGAAGAGAAUUUCCCAUCAUAUAAUACACCUCCUACUGUAACACCACCCACGGAGAACAGGGGUUAUUAUGUUAAUAAUGCUGUUAGGCAAGAAGAAAAUACUCUAUUUCCUUCUUGGACCUCAUGGGACCAAAGGAUUCAAAAUCGUAGACCAAAAGAAAGAGAGCCAUAUUUUAACAGAAAUUCCUGGGAUCGGACCACAAAUUUAUACAAAGUUCCAGCUAGAACACUAGACCAUCACGAGAACUACCUUUAUUCCAGGAACUCUCCAAUUGGGCUCCAGAAAAAUCCAUCAUGGCAUGAAAGUGAGAUGAUAAACUAUGGCAUGCAAAUUACCAGGUUAAAUUCACCAGAUAGAGAGCAACUGGCUUACCCAGAUUUCAUUCCUCAACGUUACCCACCUGAUCAAAAAGAAGAAAAUUUGUUUCACCUGAGCCAAAGAAGACCUUGUUGUGCUGGUGGCUCCAUAGGACCCAAAGAUAAGCCACUCGCUCUACAAGACUAUACUCCGUCUUACGGGCUUGCACCAGGAGAGGACCAAGACAGCAGCCCUCCGUACACUGAAGGCAGUCACACCAAACAUGCUAGACAUGUUAUCUCCCCAACGAGCAUCUUACCUGGCCAAACAAACAGCUCAGAAAUGAGGCAGCCUGAAGAAAGUCAAAACCCCAGUCCUUUCAAAGAUGAGGUGUCCACUGUGAGGAGGAACACACCAUGUUCUAUGAAGAAUCAGUUGGAUCAAAGGGGAGUGAUGCCUCUUCCUGGAGCAAGCUCCUUUCAAUCAAAGAAUGUACCAUGUCUUCAAAGCGAUCUCGGUGGAGAUGAGAACAACAUUAUGGAACAAAUGUUUGAAAGCAGCCAACCCAGUGAAAGAACUAUUAACCUUACCCCUGAGCAACUUGUUAUAGGUACUCCUGAAGAAGAAAGCCAACCAGAAGCAAUCCAAAGUGAAGUGGAAGGAAAUAAAGGUGACAGACAACAACAAAGGCCAAUUAGCAUCCUACAGUUACCAUGCUUUGGCUCCAAAUUAGCGAAUCAACGUUUCUCUGGCACUAGAACUCCAUCUAGGCCAUUUGAUGGAGAUUCAGUUAUGACUACUGAAAAUCCUAGCACAUUGGCUGAGCUAGUUACUGGGUCACAGUUUAAAAGUGUGAAUGUAAACACACUAAAUGCAGAUGAACACACUACAUUUGAGUCUUUUGUAAAAGGGACCGAUCCACAGGAUCAUCCAGUACAAGACUGCCUAUUACUUCAGGUGUAG